UAUAAAUAACUGUCAAAAGGUCAAAGCAGAGUAGAGCAAAAUUUAACGGUUUUUGUUGAUAUUUCUUAAAUUGCUUAUAUUUACUAAUAGGAAAGUUAAAGUAAAUAAUUAAUAAUGGAAAAACCAUUUUUUAAAUGUAGGCUAUGUCUGAAGCUUGGUGAUUUUUGCUCAGUGUUUGAACAGGAUGAGUCCAUAAAAUUGUCUGAUAUGGUUAUGUCUUUCGCUAACAUUGAAAUAUAUGAAGGAGACGGCCUCCCAGACCGUGUGUGCUCGUCGUGUAUUGAGAACUUGAGCACAGCUUACAUAUUCAAGUUACAAGUUGAGAGAAUUGAUCAUCUGCUAAGGAAGUCAUCAGAUAUCCAGGCCAACCCACACACAGCACCAGACUUUGACAUGCUUCUGAACAAAGAUUUCCACGUCCACACUGACUACGGCUCCAUAGAGGAAAAUGGUGAAAACUGUGUUAAAGAUGGCAAUGUGAGUGGUGAGUACCACAGCGCCUCAGAUAAAGUUCUAGAGACAAGCGAUGACACUGACAGUGAUGUUGACUCCAUAAAGUGUGUGCAUUGUAAUGAAGCCUACAAUCACUAUGGGGCUCACAAAUGCCAUGUGACCUGCACCAUCGAGCACGACCAGCACCAGUACUCCAGCAGCACAGAGACACUCGUGGCCACUGAUGCAGAGACCACACCUGAUUCCCCCACACAACUCAACACUUCCAUCUACAAGACCCCACCACCACCCACUGUGUCCUGUGUACUCUGCGAUGAAAAGUUGACAGACUAUGACUUGUAUGUCACCCACCUGAACAAGUGCACAGCUAAUGUGAAGCUGCACCACUUUGUGUGUCCAGCGUGCCAUGAGAUCUUCACUGACAAAUAUGCAUACUUCCAACAUUUGAGGAUGAAUCAUUUCUUGAGCACACCAGACUCCAGUUUUGAUUGUGUGGACAGUGUUCCGUUGGUUGAGAAGACCAGGGUGCCCAAGCCGGUGCGGCGACAGAUUGGAUGGUCAGUGGAGGACAUUUAUCAGGAGAUUGAAUGCAAGAAGGUGGAGGAUACUCCCACGUCAAGUCCGUUUAAGUCUUUCUUUUCUAAAUUGGGGAAUGAAUCGUUCAGCCGCCAGAGCACGCCAAAACGGGUCAGCUUCCGCAGGCUGAUAGAAGAUGGCAAACAGAAGACCUCCAACUACUUCCAUUUCAAGAAGCAUGUGCAGAAUGUUAAGAAGGUCACUCACAGUCCGCUGAAGGGAAAGCUGCAAGUGACAUCUAAAAUAAAAGCAAGCCUGCCAGAAAUUGUUUCUGAUAGUGACUACACGUCGCCGAGCGGCACCUCGGAGGAGUCGUGGAAGAUGAAGCAGAACCUGAUCUGCGCCUGCGACAAGAAAGUCUUCAUGAUAUCCGAGUUUGUACAUGACCGCGACCGGCUGACCGUCAUGAUCAAGGAGCUCGGCGGGGUCAUCGCCGAGAACACCAAGAUGGAGAUGCUCGCGACUCACUUCAUCUCUGUGCUGCCGAACGACACGUACACCGGCAUGAUGGUGUGCGCGCUGGCCACGGGGAAGUGGCUGCUGCACGUCAACUUUGUGUAUGACAGCUUCCGCGCUAAGCGGUUUAUGAGGGAGAACCUCUACGAAUGGAAGAAGCACCCGAAAGUCCUCGAGCUCGACAACACGAGCGUAGAGGUCGCUAAGGCAGCCGUGUACUGGCACUUGGAGCUGCAGGCUCUCAACGCCAAGUUCCCCUUCGAGGGCAAGCAGAUCGUGCUCAUCAUGAAGAAGAAGUACAGACAGUACUACCAGAUGAUCUUCAAGACGUUGAAGGCGAAGCCGCUUACUUAUGAUCCGAGAACCCCGGGCAGCUGCUGCACCGCCGACUACUGCUUCGUGGACAUGAAGGUCAUCGAACGAGUCAAACUGCGCUUCUUCGCUCGCCACGACGUGCCCGUGUUCCCCUACCAAUAUAUCCUGGUCUACCUGCUCAACAGAGGCCGGGUCGACGACGAACAGAAGUAUGUGCUGCAAGAGCUCAAGAAACACGGGUUUACUGGGGCCAUUGAUUGUUUGAAUAAGACCUUUUAAAGGCGUACGACGGGAUAUUUAAACGCGCCGCGUCACCACUGAAGUCUUAAGCUGCGUACAGACCGGCCCAACGAACGGCCAACGGUGGAUAUUUAUCAUACAUAAUACAGGGCAGAUUGCAGCAACGAAGGUCAGCGAAACCCGUUCGUUUGGCCGGUCUGUACGCAGCUUUACGGCAAUAUCGUUAUCUAGUAAUAUAAAAGUCAUAUGAUAUUGCCGUAAUACUUCAGUGGUGGCGCGGAUUCUUGUUUCAGUGUGGUGGUGGUUGUAGUUUUGCUGAAAUUACGAGUUGUGUUACUCCUUAGCACUUCCAUUAGUUUUAGGUAUUUUGGUAUGGCCAGUCAUAGCGGUGAUUUCACAUAUUUUCGUUUAGGCUUAGUAGAGAGUUAUUAUAUUAAAAUAUGGAUAUAGUUAUACGAAUACAUCAUUAUUAUUAUUGUUUUUUCCAGGACUAAAUGUUAGAUCAAUGAACGUUCCUAUAUCAUUCCAUGUCUUUGUGCAGCUAACUGUAGGUUUAGUUAUUGAAGUAAAUAAUCAAUGUAUUUAAUAACGUAUCUAACAAAUGCCAUAUAUUUUUAGUACAUUAUGAAAUUUAUUAUAAGACUGCAAUUUUUAUACUUACAUAGAUAGAUCUUAUGAUAUUCAUUACAUAGAUUUUAUGAUAAAUAUUUUAAAGCUGUUGCUCAUUAAUCAAUUUAUUAUUAAGUAGGUUUAACCUUAAGCAAAUUAAAUAAGACAAAAAUGUUUCAAUGUUACUUGAGAAUUUUAUGUUGUUAUUAUUCGGAAUGUUUAGAUAAUUUUAACGCCAUGACGGAGUAGAUACGAGCACUGCACGAGAGCCACUUGCUUUUUUUAGCGCGUAAGACUAGCUGUGACAAAAUAUUUUAUCGCGUUUGCUGUCGAGGCUGCGCGAUAUGAAUGCUAUGCUAUAACUACCUAUAACGUUUUUAUUUGUAUACACGCCGCAGGAACCUAGCUAUCCCUACCAGUUGAAUAAUACUUCUGAGUGAUAUGUCAGAUGGAGGAAACUAUUUACCAAUUUCAAAAUGUAUCAGCACAUUAUUUUUAAAUCAUCUAAAUUACGUCGAACAGCAG